AUGAAAGAGAAGGAGCAGAAGCAACACUUGAAGAGAAAAAUAACUUGUAGUUUGUCACUGAAACUUCCUAAUUCAGUUUUCAUGUGCUUAAUAAACGUCAGCUAUUAUCACUGUCAAUAUUACUGUUUUUCCUACUCCUGUGAAAAAUUUAUACUGUUGACAAUAUCACUGGAUCCAAAUCUACUAGGACAUUUAUUCAUCAAAGAACUUAUGUUCCUGAGGUUUUUAUCCUCCUGCUCCUCCACUUCCUUGUGCUUCAUCAUGCUUUAUUAUGGUAACCCACUCCAGUAUUCUUGCCUAGAGAAUCCUGUGGACAGAGGAGCCUUGUGGGCUGCUGUCCAUAGGGUUGCAUAG